AUGACGACCGCCUUGUCCGCCGACCAGCUCCUGCGCUCGUACGCCAACUUGCACCUCUCGUCGACCUGGAUGGCGCCGCCCACCGCCGCCACGCUCGCCUGUACCACGUGCACGUACCUCAACGACGCCGACGCGAGCCACUGCGCCAUGUGCGAACACGCACUGCCGUCCGCACCGCAGCUCACAGAGCCGCUAGCAGCGCCCCAUGCCAUCCACAGCGACGGCUCGUGGCGGUGUGGCGAAUGCUACAAUGCGAGCGGUGUGCGGGAUUGCUACAGCUGCGACGCUCCGUUCGUGUCGGUGGUCGCCAGCAGCGCGCCAAUGCAUCUGAACUGCAACCGAUGCGGGGCUCGCAACCGCGCCUCGGGCUCGUACUGCGGCAGCUGCGGCAACGCGCUUCGCUCCAAGCUCGAUACAAUCAAGCACGAGGUCGCCGACACGACGAGCCACGUCGCGCGGGAUCUCGGGCUCCACGUUCGCGUGCGCUGUCCCGGAUGUCUCAAGGUCUGCGUGCUUCCGUCGUCGGCCUGCUUCCGCUGCGGCGCCUGCGACGUCUACUUCGCAGCACCGUCCGUGGCCGCAGUCACGGGCUUCCAUGUGAGCCGCCUCACGCGGUCCCUCUCGAGUUCGGUCUCACGGCUCUUCACGCGGCCGACGACCUUUUCCGUGGCCAAGUUCUUUCAAAGCGACGACGACGACUCGUCCAGCGACGACGACAUCAUGUACGAGCCAAUGGAUGACGACGACGAGACCGAUCCGGUUCGGCCGCUGACGCUCGAGGAGGAGAUUCCGAUCGGGAUCCCGGUCGCGGCGCCGACGCUCAAGGUGGCGCGCCCAUCGCUGCGACCGGCGAUGGCGUCUCCGCCGUCGUUGCCGCCGACGCUGCGCAAGACGCAGAGUGCGCCGACGACCUUGCCGCCGACCGUGUCGUUUGAGAAGGACUGGGAUUUUGCCCGUACCCACGACGACUUUGCGACCGACAGCGAAGACGAAGAAGAGACCAAGGAAGAGCUCGACGACGCGAGUAUUCUGCGCUCGCUGCGGCAGUCGGC